UGUGUGACAACUAGCCCCGGCGUCAUCUAAUAGAAGCUGUUAAUUUUACCGGGUCCAAAUUGUUCUCUGCUAAACCGUUUCUGUAUUUUGACAUGGAGCCUGCGAUGACAAUGCAGGAAUACAAAAAUCUUGAUAUGAUCCGCCGUCACUGAUGCAGCGUGCUGUGACAUUGAAAAACGUGUAAGGACGAUAAACGCAAUCAACGAGAGCGCGAGGGGGAGAGAGACAUAGCGCGACAGAAAGAAAUAGAGAAAGAGAGAGAGAGCGGGCGAUCCAUCGGCGCAGUACCAAGCAGUGAGCUCAGAACUCUGCGUCUCUCAACAAUCACAAAUUGAAAUUUGCACGAAAUAGAGAGAUUGGGAUGUUUGCCGUGAUCCAGUGAGCUCAUCCACACAUCACAUUCGACUCUGCUGAGGAGGGAGAGGGAAAUAUGUGCUGAAUGAACGCGGACCGGUCCAAAUAGGCGUCUGGACGUGAAUGAUAUCAUCAGCAGCGGUUCGUGGGAUUUCAGAGUCCAGUGUAAAAAGAAUGAAUUGAUGGUGUUUACUGAGUGGCAGCGGGGCAGAUGGGGAUCAUCAUGACUUGGCUCUGGAUUUUAACUUUGACCAUCAGCGUGCACAGAGUGUUGGGUGGCCCACGGUUUUCGCAGGAGCCGGCAGAUCAGUCAGUGGUGGUCGGAGAGAGGGUGGUCCUGUCCUGCGUAGUGUUUAACUACACCGGCAUCGUACAGUGGACUAAAGAUGGUCUUGCUCUUGGCAUCGGAGAGGACCUGAGAGCAUGGCCGCGGUAUCGUGUUUUGCGUAUAUUGGAUGUUGGGCAGUAUAAUCUGGAGAUUACGUCAGCAGACUUGUCGGAUGAUUCGCUGUACGAGUGUCAAGCCACUGAAGCUGCUCUGAGAUCAAGAAGAGCCAAAUUGACUGUUCUUAUCCCUCCUGAAGGACCUAUUAUUGAGGGCGCUCCAGAGAUCCUGUUAACUGCAGGAACCGCAUAUAACCUCACAUGUGUGUCACGAGGAGCAAAGCCACUAUCCACAAUAGAAUGGCAGAAAGAUGGGAUUUUAGUGGAGGGAGCCCAUACGAGCACCGAGGUUUUAGCAGACAGGAAAAGAGUGACCACACGCAGUUUUCUAGAGAUCCACCCAGUGGAUAAAGACACAGGCCGGAAUUUCACCUGUGUGGCAUCAAACCUGGCAACCCCUCUGGGGAAGAGGGCAACCGUCACUCUCAACAUCCACCAUCCCCCCACAGUAAUUCUGUCUAUAGAGCCUCGCUCUGUUCUUGAAGGAGAGAGGGUUACGUUUACCUGCCAGGCCAUUGCCAACCCUCCCAUUAUGGGUUACAGGUGGGCUAAGGGAGGUGUGAUUCUGGACGGAGCCAGAGAAAGUGUGUUUGAGACCACAGCAGAUCACUCGUUCUUCACAGAGCCUGUGUCCUGCCUGGUCUUUAAUGCAGUGGGGAGCACUAACGUCAGUAUAUUGGUGGACGUCCAUUUUGGUCCGAUUCUGGUUGUGGAACCGAGGCCUGUAACUGUAGAUGCUGAUUCUGAUGUCACACUUAAUUGUAAGUGGUCAGGAAAUCCACCACUCACCCUCACGUGGACCAAAAAGGGCUCCAGUAUGGUCCUCAGUAACAGUAAUCAGUUAUUCCUGAAGUCUGUGAGCCAAGCGGAUGCUGGUCAGUAUGUCUGUAAAGCCAUUGUGCCCAGAAUCGGCGUCGGUGAGACGGAGGUCACGCUUACCGUCAAUGGUCCUCCGAUUAUAUCAAGCGAGCCAAUCCAGUACGCUGUGAGAGGAGAGAAGGGGGAAAUCAAGUGCUACAUUGCCAGCACCCCUCCGCCAGACAAAAUUGUUUGGGCCUGGAAGGAGAACGUGUGGGAGAAAGAGAGAGGAACACUGUUAGAGAGAUACACAGUGGAGCAGAGCAGACCUGUGUCACAAGGGGGCGCUGUUCUCUCCACUCUCACCAUCAAUAAUGUCAUGGAAUCAGACUUCCAGACCACUUAUAACUGCACUGCAUGGAACGCUUUUGGACCGGGAACCAUGAUCAUUACACUCGAGGAAACAGAUAUAGUGCCUGUAGGUGUGAUAGCAGGCGGAUCUGUUGGAUCUUCGAUUUUGCUGCUCCUCCUCCUCUUUUCUCUUAUAUUUUAUCUCUAUCGACAACGCAAAGGCAAUCGUCGUGGAGUCGCAUUGAAGCCAGACAUUAAGGUGGAAACGGUCAACAAGGAGAGCCACAGUCUUGAAGAAGAGGCCGCCAGCGCCUCCACAGCAACACGAAUGGUAAAGGCCAUGUAUUCUUUUCUUCCCUCUGUCUCCCUUUCUCCCUCCACACAGCCUUUCAAAGACGACAUGGACCUGAAGCAAGACCCUCACAAUGACACUAUGGAGACCAAGGUGGAUGAAUAUGAGCCUAAGGACCCCACUAAUGGCUACUACAACGUUCGAGCGACAACGCACGAAGAUGUCCGGGCCUCCACCCGCUCCUUACUGUACCAAGAAUUUCGCCCACCAAAUCCCGCGUCGGUUUCGGCGUCAGCCGCUGGUCCGGUGCCCAACAUUCACCCUGCGCCCCCGGGCCGUUACGAACCUCGGCCCGGAUCUCGAAUAGCUCACAACACGUAUGCCCAUUUUAACACCAUUGCCAGGAUGCCACACAGUAAAGGCCCGCCCAACCCCAUCUCCAAGACCACAGACUAUCCCGCAGAUCGCGGGUUGCUGGAAUCGACCAAUCCGUUGGCUUUCGAAAGCUAUGCUUAUUCAACAACACCUCAAUAUAGGUUAGGGUUUGCCCCACCUUUGGAGGGAGGACCGGCCUAUGAAAUGUAUCCUACGGGACAGGGGGCGGGGACAAGUCAAGGGGCAGGGACGAGUCAAGGGGCGGGGCCAGACCCAAGUGUGGGAAAAUACACCAGCUCCGCCCAAUUUCCAUAUUCGACCCCUCCCACGGAGUACUCGCAGAGACACACGCAAAGAAUGCAGACUCACGUGUGAGACCAACACACGAAUGCAAAUACGUGAACGCACCCAGUCCGUAAAAGUUAUGGAUCCAAACACACUCCGACAUGACUACACUGAUUUUUCUAUCCUUUACAUCAAUAUUGUGAUAUAUGCCAACUUUCUAAAAGUGCCAAAUUGCUGUUAAUUAAAAAAUGACACGGAAAAGGAAAUCACAUGAGGUUACGGUGAGAGAGAACGCACCACAACACCAAGCGUCGUCUACCUUACAACCAGAUGUGCGGUAGAAGUGGCAAAUCUCAUCCUCGAAAAGCUCCUCUUUGUAUCAGCAUGUCUGACCAUCCACACACCAUAAUACAACCCUGCAAAGCAGCCAUUGGAUGGUUUACUCAAUUGAAAAGAAUGACCAAUAAGAAAAGGCUGGAGGGCAUCAGACGCCAUCAACCAUUGUGCCCAGUGAAAGCCUGGAUAGGAGUGUCACACUGGAUAGGAGCUCAAAUUUGUGCCAUCACUCAAUCUAAAGAGUAAGACAUUGUGUGAAUUCGGGGUGGGCUCAAGCUGAUUGUAUAAUUUAUUGUAAAGGUACAAAAUAAGCAAGUAAUAUUGCAUAUCAGUCAAAGAAGAAUACCGAUACAGUUGACAAUCGCUUGUGCAACAAUUUAUUGUACCGUAUGGUCAACUCACAACAAGCAAAAGUGCAGAUGGGCCACCCAACACACUGUUUCUCAAACAUAAUGCCUGCACUGCCCAAGGAUUAGCUUUCUGCUGCCAGUUUGGACUUCUGAUAUGAAGACCAGGAUGGAGAUCUGAGUAUCUGGAUAAAUACCACCAGUGCUUUUAACUCUGAAAAGCUGGAGUUUGUUUUUAUUUAAAAGAUGCUACUCACAGACUCUCCUGUGAACACAUGCUCUGCCUCCUUCCAAGAAAACCUCACUAGUAUUUGACACUUUAAGUGUUUCUAUAUAAAUAUAAAUGUGUGUG